CCUCAGUGUACUGGCUAUGUGUCCAUGUCCAGUGUGAGUUUGUGAGCAUAUGCGUCAGGUCUUUUCCACAUUUGGACAUAUGCAGGAAUUCACUGGCGUGUGGGUGAGGGAUCCUCGCAUUCAGAAGGAAGAUUUCUGGCAUGCCUACAUGGAUUACGAAAUCUGUAUACAUACAAACAGUUUGGCUUUCACUAAGAAGACCUCCUGUGUGCGGCGGAGAUACAGCGAGUUUGUGUGGCUAAGAAAAAAGCUACAGGAAAAUGCCAUGCUCAUAACACAUAUACCCAAACUUCCUCCAAAAAACCCGUUCUUCAGUCUCAACAAUGCCAGAGAAAUUGGAGCCCGUAUGGAGGGACUCAGAAAAUUUCUAGAGGCUGUGGUACACAGUCCAGUUCUGCUGUCGGACAGUUGCUUGCACCUCUUCCUCCAGUCCCAACUGAGUGUGAAAAAAAUGGAGGCCUGUGCAAAAGGCAGGAGUCGCUACACUGUGUCUGAGGCCAUUCACAGUUUUGGUUCAGGAAACAAACGCUUUGGUUCUCAAUCUGAAGAGAACAUGGAAGAAGAGGAAGAUAUGCACUGUGAAUCAGAGUGAUUGACUAUUUCUUGGAAAGCCAGUAGGUAUGCUAUUAAAUUUACAAAGGCAUUGCUGAAGAAGAAUAUAGUGAAGAUUACAACCCAUGCUUGAAGAGGGACAAUGAAACAUGAAAAAAGUUACUGCCAUUGUUGAGUGAAACAGUGUUGUUUUGUCUCUGUACUGAUGAAUCUGUGUUUAUGAAGAUAUCCUAAUAAAUUAAAUUAUUUAAACCACA